GGAGAAGAAAAUCUUAGCAUAAUAAUUAAAGUUUUAAAUGAUUUAAUUAUAGUACAAUUAAGGGAAAAAGAUUAAUUAAAUUAAAAAAAAAAUCCGAACAGCACGCGGUACGUGUGGCCCUCAAGUCCAGCCCGCCAACCUCAUUUCUCUCGGUCUUUACUCUAUAAAUAUAAAGUUAAGUCCUAAACCUUCGCUCAACCAUUCCAUCAAACACCUCACAGGCAAGGGGAGGAAAAAAAAACACACACAAACACACACAUACACACAGAGAAAAGACAAAACCACAUUUCCUUGCCAGAUUAAACUGUUUUUCGUCGAGCGAAUCAGGAAAUUUUACAGGGUUUUUUCCCCCUCCUUUUCCUAUCCCAGAAAACCGAGGAAAAACAUGGACGUUCGCCGGCGACAAGCCAAGCCAGUGACCGCGGCGAGUACCGACGCCGGCGAACUGAUGAAGCCCCACCUGAAGAAGGAGGAGGAGGAGGUGGAGACAAAUCUGAAGGCAUCGGAUGCACUGCCGCUCCCUUUGUGCCUGACCAAUGCAUUCUUUUUCACCAUGUUUUUCUCCGCCAUGUAUUACCUCCUGCUUAGGUGGAGGGAGAAGAUUCGCACCACCACGCCUCUUCACGUAGUCACGCUUUCUGAGCUAGCCGCGCUUGUUUCGUUAAUCGCGUCGGUUAUUUAUUUGUUGGGAUUUUUCGGGAUAGAUUUCGUUCAGACUUUGAUUUCCAGGCCCAAUUGGGAUGUGGAGUACGAAAACCCCGACCAAUUCCUCUUACAAGAAGACUCUCGUAGCGGUACGUGCACCACACUCGGCUGUGCCGUACCACCCCCAGCCCAGAAAAUCCUCCCCUUGGUCCCACCUCAGCCUUCUAAAGCGGCGGCUCUUCCGGUUCCCGAUAUGAAGACCACCACCGCCGCCGUUUCCCUCACCCAGGAAGAUGAGGAAAUCAUACAGUCUGUCGUCAGCGGCAAAACGCCGUCGUACUCCCUCGAGUCUAAACUCGGCGAUUGCAAACGGGCUGCUUCUAUUCGUCGUGAGGCGCUUCAGAGGCUAACCGGCAAGUCCUUGGAAGGGUUGCCUUUGGAUGGGUUUGAUUACGAGUCGAUUUUGGGGCAGUGUUGUGAGAUGCCAAUUGGGUACGUUCAGUUGCCUGUGGGAAUUGCCGGGCCUUUGAUGCUUGAUGGAAGGGAAUACAUGGUCCCAAUGGCCACUACCGAAGGAUGCCUUGUGGCCAGUACUAACAGGGGUUGUAAGGCUAUCCUUGCCUCUGGCGGAGCCACCAGUGUGCUGAUGAGGGACGGGAUGACCAGAGCUCCGGUGGUGAGGUUCGCCACUGCCAAAAGGGCUGCUGAAUUGAAAUUCUACGUGGAGGAUACUGAUAAUUUCCAAACUCUUUCACAUGCUUUCAAUAAAUCAAGUAGAUUUGCGAGGCUACAGAGUAUUCAGUGUGCCAUAGCCGGGAAGAAUUUGUACAUGAGAUUUAGCUGCAGCACCGGUGACGCAAUGGGAAUGAAUAUGGUCUCUAAAGGAGUGCAAAAUGUCCUAGACUUUUUACAGGAUGACUUCCCUGAUAUGGACGUUAUCGGAAUAUCUGGAAACUUCUGUGCCGACAAGAAACCAGCCGCUGUGAAUUGGAUUGAAGGUAGAGGGAAAUCAGUGGUUUGUGAGGCAAUCAUAAAGGAAGAGAUUGUGAAAAAGGUGUUGAAGACUGAGGUAGCAGCUUUGGUUGAGCUUAAUAUGCUUAAAAAUCUAACUGGCUCAGCCAUGGCUGGUGCCCUUGGUGGAUUCAAUGCCCAUGCAAGCAAUAUUGUCUCAGCUGUGUACAUAGCCACUGGACAAGACCCUGCCCAGAAUGUGGAGAGCUCUCACUGCAUCACCAUGAUGGAGGCUGUAAAUGAUGGCAAAGAUCUUCAUGUCUCAGUCACCAUGCCUUCAAUUGAGGUAAAAACUUUAGUUCACGUGACAUCUUUCACUCCCCACAACCCCAAGAAGAGUAAUAAAAAUAAAAGAAGUAACUUAGUACAAUGCAUGUUACUCUUUGUCCUUUAUGUUGUAGCUUUAGUUCACUCGUGAACGCUUUACAACCAUAAAAAAUACUUUCUUUUGGUUUGUUUUCCCAACAGAAUUAUAGUUGGUAACUUGGAAUCAGUACGGAUUUUGGAUUCCUUUGAUCUGGAUCAACUUGAGAGUAUUGCAAUAUCCUUAGUGGGAUCUUACCUGACACCUAAAACUUUAAAAAGCAAAUAAAGGAACGCCACAAAUUUGGUUCUGUGCAUCAGAUGUGUUUGCAGAACCAUUCAAUUUAAAUGUUUGUCUGCCCUGUAGGUACACCAUGUGUAUCAUGCAUGUAAUCUGAGAGCCUAAGCUGUUUUUCUGUACAUCUGGGAGUAUUCAUUAAUCUAGUGUUUUCUCGUAAAGCAUAAACCUUAACACGUGUUCUUCUUUAGCCAUGCACGUGUAAUCAGGAUACUUUUGAUCUCCAUAGCUUUAAGAAAGAGCUUUUUUUUUCAUUCUGUUGCAAUGUCAGUUUGUUUGAGUAAUUUAUUAACUUGAAUGAAUCUACAAUUCAUCAUCAGGUUGGUACAGUUGGAGGUGGAACCCAACUUGCAUCUCAGUCGGCUUGCUUGAACUUGCUUGGAGUGAAAGGUGCAAACAAAGAGACACCAGGUUCAAAUGCAAGGCUCUUGGCCACCAUUGUUGCAGGAUCAGUUCUUGCUGGAGAGCUAUCAUUGAUGUCUGCAAUUGCAGCAGGGCAGCUUGUUAAGAGUCACAUGAAGUAUAACAGAUCAAGCAAAGAUGUGACUACCAUGUCUUCAACCUAGAGGAGGGGGAAGUCAACUAUCAAAAAACCUCCCCCCAAGUAUACCUUUGUGUAGUAUAUUAGUCUCUCUAUUAUCAGUGAGCCCACCAAAAUUAGCUUAUUGGUAGAAACAGAAAAGAAAACAAAAAUGGGGGAAGAAAAAAAGGAUUUUUAUUUAAGAAAAAUUGGGAAUAAAAUUUUUAAUUUUUAGUUUUUAAUUUUUAAUUUUUAAUUUUAUUUUUUUUUGGGUCAUAGUUGGUAGAAGGGGGGGUGGUUCUGCUGUACAGAGGUGAAUUGCUUGAAUCUAUGAAGUGGUCAUGAGUAGAAGAUGCUACCAUAAUUUGGAAGCAUUAAAGGGCAUUAUAAAAGAGAUGCAGCAAUUUGUCAUUGAAGUCAUGUGGAAUGGAGUGAGAGUAGCUGGCCAAAUGCUACUAUGAGGAAUCAAUUUCGUUAUAGAAAAGCCAUUUGGUGGUCACAUUGGUGGGAACAAAACAGCAGACAAAGACAGCAGUUUGAGGAGGGGUUUAUUGUUGUUUUUCUCUGUAACUUAUGCUUAUUUUAAUUUUAAUGUUAACAUUUAUCAUCAAUUUAGUCCUGUAAUUAAGCCUUUCAAAACUUUUUUUUUUUGGGGGUUUUCCCUCCUCAAGAGGAUUCUUCGCCUUGGCUGUUAGCUGUUGUACAUGAACUGUUUUUGGGUUUCAAAUCAGAUCUAAUUAAGGCAAUUUGACAUGUUCAUUAACUUGACUUUUCGGAUCUUAAUCUCUCUCUCAUUCCUUGAAUUUAGGCGAUUUGCUUUUAGUAUUAACAACUGUAAAGCCAAUAUUUGUGUCAAUAAUACCAAGUCUACUUCUAGAAAAACUUCCAAAGAUGCAACUCCCACACAACACAACAGCCAAUUCGGCUAAGCAUUAAUUUAUAUUUAACC